CUCAUUUGCAGUCUUCAAAACAGUACGGAUACCCUUUGCAGACCACUUCAUGCAUGCAGCCUGUUGCUCUUCAGACUCCUGGUCUUUUUGUGGCUCUUGGCAAUACCUUCCUUUGGGAGGUGGCUUCUCAGAUCUCGCAGCUGUCUUGCAGCGGCAAGCGCCUAGGAGACACCUGUUAUGAUGGACAGUUUGCAGUUGCUGGACAGCGGGGUGUUUGUGCAUCGGUUGAGGUUGAUGGUGCCUCGCAGCUGAUUUGCUUGGCCUGCGAAGGUUACACAUCAGGCCUAUCAGAAGUUGGGAUUGCUCUUGGACGUUUGGGUACCUGGGGAGUCUUUGCUGUUGGUGUAACUGUGGGAUCUGUGGCUACGUCAGGUCUCUUAGCAGUGGCGUGGCAAUUUCGUCGAAGAUUCGAGAUGCCCUUCGAGGAGAUGCUACGAGACGAGGAUGGAAGCGGAAGCAGGAGGCGACGAAGCGGGCGUGUUCAGCGUGCCACAGACAAGGCAGCGGGCCCCUCUGUGACAUCGGUUCGGCUCCAACCCGGCUCCAUAAGGACUGAGGCCGACCCACGUCGACGAAAGCCUCCUGACAGAGCACGCUCACUGCCAAAGCAAGUUAUAUCAGUCGCGCAUGACAGUGUUACCCGAGAGACCAGGGCCAUGAGUGGAUGGCGGCGGAGAUUUGAAGAUAGGAGGAGCAUCGAACCCACUCGGCUUGGCCGAACAACGGUCAACAAGUGGUCUGAGAUAGAGUCACAACUGGACCGCGACCUGAAGGAUGAUAGUCUUUUGACUUGGGUGCCACCAACCAGCGUGGCUUCUGCCGAGCGUCGAGGUCCAGACUUCACUGCCCCUUCACCUUCGCGUUGCCCACCACGGCCAGCCAAAUGAAACCACGUUCACUCUGGCCAAAGAAGCCAACGACCUGGCGGAGCUGACGCUUCCUGCCCCACUUGUUUCCUUUCAGGGUUGACCCAGACAUACCUGUGCAACCCUUGGGCGAAGGGCUUAGCCAGCCAAAGAGCUGGGUUUGAGUUUGCGAGGAGCACCUCAA